AAACAAUUAAUCCUCAUCCACAAUUUGUUAGAUGCAAAAAUCAUCUCUCCCAACACACUCACCAUGCACUUCUUAGUUCCUAUGUCAGUCUAGGGGAUGCAAAAAAUAUUUUAUAGAACUUGUUUAUUACUGGAGAAUUUGGGCUAUGUCUUUCUCUAUAACUAUGGUUAAUCAUAGAAACUCUUUUCUGGUAAAACACAAAUAAAUCAUAGAAAUUCUUUUAGGGUAUUCUAUUGCUUUGAACAUAAAAAACAAAUUUAGCAUGGAAGCAUUUUAUUUUCUAGAAUGGAUUAGAGAACAAGCAGAGAGGUUGGUUUUAAGGAGAGAAGGUUGCAGAAGGUUGGUGGAAAGUGGAAACAAAAUAAAGUGAGAGUGGCAAAUUUAGUACGGAGUAUUACUUAAGCGUGUUUUAGGAUUUCAAUCCAAUUAAUAGUCAAUUCGUGAUAUUCGGGAAUUCAUUUUUCGGGACAUAUAGCAAUGCUCAAAAUAUUAUUUCUUUUAAAAGGACAAUCUUUUUGAGACGGAGGCAAUAAUUAAUUUAGUCUAUCCACUUAUCAAAUGAACGGACAUGAUGUUUCAUAAGAAAAGAUUCUCAAUUUUCUUGUUCAAAAAAAUAAAUAAAAAUUCUCAAUUUUGUAUUUUUCCUCAUUGUCAUGUACCUUCACAACUUGUUUUUUUUUUCUCACUGUCAUGUACAGUUCACAACUUGUUUUUUUCUUCAAUGUCAUGUACAAUAAUAAUGUUAUAUUAUAAUACUAAUUGUGUGUAUUGUUUAGCUAGAUGAGCCAACUUUGAAAGGUUACACAACAACUUUAUCCAUUCAUUUAAUUGAUAAUCUUUGAAAACAAAACAAUUUAAUUAGCAUAUUCAUCUUUCAAACUUUGAUUCAUUUCUAUUCUCAUACCUGCAAAUGGCUGAUGUUUUACUUGGAAUUGUGAUUGAAAAUCUCGGAUCUUUUCUUCGGGAGGAGCUUGCAACCUUUUUGGGUGUUGAUGAAUUGACCAAAAAGCUAUUUCGAAAUCUUACCGCAAUUCGAGCUGUCCUGGAAGAUGCUGAAGAGAAGCAAAUUAAAAGUAAAUCUGUGAAAGUUUGGCUGCAAAAUCUGGCUGAUGCUGCUCAUGUUCUUGAUGAUAUAUUGGAUGAAUGUUCAAUAGCAUCCAAAGCACAUGGAGACAAGAAGUGGAUCACACGUUUCCAUCCUAAGAAGAUUUUGGCUCGUCGCAACAUUGGAAAGAGGAUGAAAGUGGUUGCUGAAAAGAUUGAUGUUAUUGCUGCAGAAAGACAGAAGUAUGAAUUACGAGUGGGAGUCGCGGAGGAGAAUCAACGAGGAGAUGAUGAAUGGCGGCAAACUACUUCUGUUGUUGCUGAACCAAAAGUAUACGGAAGAGAUGGUGAUAGAGAGCAAGUUGUUAAGUUUCUUCUAAGUCAUGCAGUUGAUAGUGAAGAACUCUCUGUCUAUUCCAUUGUUGGUAUUGGCGGACAUGGAAAAACAACACUUGCUCAAGUGGUUUUUGACGAUGAAAGGUUAAAAACCCAUUUUGACUUGAAAAUUUGGGUUUGUGUUUCUGAUGAUUUUAGCAUGAUGGCAAUUUUGAAGUCCAUCAUAGAAUCCACCAAUGGAAAAAAUUCAGACCUCUCGUCUUUAGAAUCAACGCAAAGAGCAGUUCGAGAAAUUUUGCAAAACAAAAGGUAUUUACUUGUUCUUGAUGAUGUGUGGAGUGAAGAUCCAGAGAAAUGGGAUAAGUUAAAGUAUUUGUUGCAAGGUGGAAAUGGAAAGAAAGGGUCAUCCGUUCUGGUGACUACACGACUUGACAUUGUUGCGUCCAUUAUGGGAACUUAUCCUGCUCAUCACUUGGGAGGUUUAUCCGAUGAUGACGUCUGGUCUUUGUUUAAACAACAAGCUUUUGGAAUUAAUAGAGAAGAGCGUGCAGAGCUUGUAGCAAUAGGCAAGGAGAUUGUGAGAAAGUGUGCGGGUUCGCCUCUUGCUGUCAAAGUACUGGGAAGUCUUUUGCGCUUCAAAAGUGAGGAACAUCAAUGGCUUUCUAUAAAGGAAAGUAACUUUUUGAAAUUAUCUGAGGAUAAUCGUAAUAAUCGUAUCAUGUCUGUUUUGAGACUAAGCUACUUUCAUUUGAAAUUAUCACUGAGGCCAUGUUUUACUUUUUGUGCUGUUUUUCCUAAGGAUUUUGAAAUGCUGAAGGAACAACUAAUCCAUCUUUGGUUGGCUAAUGGAUUUAUCUCUUCCAGAGGAAAUUUAGACGUGGAGCAUGUUGGUCAGGAAGUGUGGAAUGAGUUAUAUGCGUUGUCAUUCUUUCAAGAAGUCAGAACUGAUGAAAAGGGUAAUGUUACUUUCAAAAUGCAUGAUUUAUUUCAUGAUUUAGCUCAGUCUAUAAUGGGAGAAGAAUGUGUUGCUUCUGAUGCUGAAAGCUUGACUAAUUUGUCUGGCAGAGUUCAUCAUAUAAGUUGUUCCUUUACUGAGUUGUUUGAAAAACCAUUCAACUACAACACUAUCCCUUUCAAGAAAGUUGAGUCUUUACGAACUUUUCUUGAGUUAGAUAUUGUUCCCUUUGGACAGUUAGGUUCGCUGCCAUCAAUCACUCCUCUUCGAGCAUUACGUACUAGUUCUUUGCAACUUUCAGCACUAAAGAGUUUAACACAUCUGAGGUACUUGGAACUUUUUGAAAGUCCCAUCAAAUCCUUGCCUGGGUCUGUUUGUAAGUUGCACAAUUUGCAAAUACUAAAACUUGAUAUUUGUCCGAAUUUAUCUAGUCUUCCCAACCAAUUGACAAAAUUACAAGAUCUUAGGCAUCUUGUGAUUAAAUAUUGCACUUCAUUAGUAUCAAUGCCUUCCAAUAUUAGUAAGUUAACUUCUCUAAAAACAUUGAGCACUUUCAUUGUGGGUUCGAAGAUGGGGUUUGGUUUAGCAGAGUUACGUGGCUUACAACUAGGAGGCAAGUUACACAUCAAAGGCCUUGAGAAUGUAUCAAGUGAAUGGGAUGCUAAAGAAGCUAAUUUGAUUGGUAAAAAGGAGUUAAAUCGGUUAUACCUAUCAUGGGAUAUUUACGCUAAGUCACAAGGCCAUACUAAUGUAGAGAGAGUACUCGAAGUCCUUGAGCCUCCCAUAGGUCUCAAGGGUUUUGGGAUGAAGGGUUAUUUGGGAAUACAUCUUCCCAAUUGGAUGAGAAAUACUUCUAUUUUGGAAGGGUUGGUUGAUGUUAUACUCUACAACUGUAAAAACUGUCAGCGGCUUCCUCCACUUGGUAAAUUACCUUAUUUAACCACUCUUUAUGUAUCUGGAAUGAAAGAUGUAAAAUACAUUGAUGAUGACUCAUAUGAAUCUAAAUCUGAGAGGGCUUUCGUUUCAUUGAAGAUAUUGACUCUGCGUGGUUUACCAAACUUAGAGAAGAUGUUGAAAGAUGAAGGCGUAGAGAUGCUACCACAACUUUCCUACUUAAGAAUUUCAUGUGUUCCCAAGUUGGCAUUGCCAUCCCUUCCAUCUCUUGAAAUCAUUGAUGCUGGUGGAUUAAACUACGAAUUUUUUUAUAACUUUUCUGAGUACCGUGGGGAUGAAUUUGGGGAUUUAUUCCCAAAGGAAACUGUGUGUAAUAUGCAUAAUCUUAAGUCACUUUUUAUCAUACACUUCACAGGACUCGAAGUAUUACCUGAUGAUCUACGCUCUCUUUGUGCCCUGGAGGAGCUUUACAUUUCAGGGUGUGAUGGACUUGAGUCAUUUUCGAUGCAUGCAUUGCAAGGUUUGAAGUCUCUUCGAACUUUGACCAUUGUUUCAUGUCCUAACUUAAUAUCCUUGUCAGAAAGUAUGGGAGACUUGGCUUGUCUUGAGAGAUUGAAAAUCCAAGGUUGUCCACGACUUGUUUUACCAAGUAAUAUGAACAAGCUAACUUCCCUUCGUCAAAUGGAAAUUCUGGGUGACGGUGGAAACAGCAGAAUGCUACAGGGCAUAGAAGUUAUUCCCUCCCUACAAAAUUUGACUCUAUUAAACUUUAAUGAGCUGCCAGAAUCGUUGGGAGCCAUGAAUUCUCUUCAAUCAGUACAUAUCUUUGGGUGUCCUAACGUAAGGUCGCUACCAAAUAGCUUUCAGAACCUCAUAAACUUGCAAUCAUUGCUUAUUGUUGAAAGUCCUAUUUUGGAGAUGCGAUGCAAAGAAAGAACUGGGGAAGAUUGGCAAAAGAUAGCUCACGUUCCUUCAUUGAAGUUAACUGCAAAAGAAACAUUACGGCAAUUUAGGACUGGUUUUCCAGAAUGGAAGAUGGAAGUGCAUUUGUUGCACCGUCUUGAUGAGGACAUAUAUAUAGGAGGUUCAAUCAUGGAUUUUGACAGGAUAGUUGAUGCUUUCUGAAUGAACUUAAUGGCAUAUAGAUAACACUCCUAUAUGGCAAAAAUGAAUUCUAGACUCAUGGUCAUUGACAUCUUUCUCAAGCUUCAUCAUCUGAAUCUUCUUCACAGCAACACAGCAUCUCUGGAAGGAAUGAGUAAUUAAAAUUUUCAUGUAAUUGGCUAUUUCUUUGUAAUUACCAACAUCCUUUAUGCUUAGGACGAAUCCUUACUUUUCAGUUUUAACUUCAACUAAAUUUUAAACUGUGUCUGUGUCCCCUUUUUCGGAUUGUAAUAUUUCAAUUCUGCAGCAGUGUAAAUGUUUGUAUUCAAUCUCUGUUUGAGACCAAUGUCUUUAGAGAUUCGUCAAUAAAAUCGUUGUUAUUCAGUGAA